AUGGCUCAGCUCAUCGUUCUCUCUCUGGUUUCCCUGGCCGCAGCAGCCAAACUGGACAAUGUAUACCUCCCACCACAUGCCACAUCUUCAGGAGGUGCCAACGCUGGUCUACAGACUCCUUACCAGGGAGAUCAAAGCGGUUACCAGGCUCAAGCCCAAUCUUCAGCCUAUAGCCAAGCUCAAGGUUCCUACAGCCAGAAGUCUCAAAACGAAGCUGAGAUCCUGAGAUACGAGAACGAAAUUACUGAAGAUGGAUUUCACUACGCUUAUGAGACCAGUGAUGGUACUAAAGCUGAACAGGAAGGUCGAGUUGUCCCAGGAGCCCAACCUGAGGAAGGAUCCAUCCAAGUCUCAGGUUCAUACUCCUACGUCGGUGAUGAUGGUCAAACUUACACCGUAACCUAUACGGCUGACGAGAACGGUUUCCAACCCCAGGGUGCCCAUCUGCCUACUCCUCCUCCCAUUCCUGAGGCUAUUUUGAAGAGUUUGCAGCUUACUGCAGGAAAUGGAGCCCAUUACGACAGCAGAAAGAGCAGUUAUGAUGCUGACAUUGGCUACUAGAUCACAAGAAACAAUAACACUGUAGGUUAUGAGACGUUCAUGGUGAUUCGGUAAAUGUUUUUCGCUAGUUAUGAGUUCCAUACUACGGUAUGAUUUUUAUAUAAGUCGGGAACAAGGUAGACAUCGACAGAUACGUCAGUCUUUAAAGACUAGUGGCAGUCAACCUGUGACGAUAGAGCGAGUCACUUAUAUUAUGUAAUCUCUGAAGAAUAAUAAAAGCCAUACUGCAAUAAGAAUUUUGCAAUAAGUUUGAAUAUAUAAAGGAAAGUGUGCGAUGGAAAUGCACGAUUUAAUUCCGCCUUACCCUUUCCAUCAUCGGGGAACUAGGGUAAGACGAUACUCCACACCGGGACAGCCCCAUAUCUUUCGUAACGUAAGUUUUGUUUAGACCCUAUCAACCUCUUGGUUAUGCUAGAAGGGCACUAUGCACUGUACGAGCAAGCCCGUACAGGGACUCAGUUAGGUUCUGACCCCAGAUCAGCCCGUUUGCACGGACCUCCUCCGGUUCUCAGAUGGCUAGUGCCUUAGGUGAGCCGCCCCGGGUGCAUGUAAAGUACCCUCCGUAUUUUCCAGUUAGGAACCGGAGCUGCAGGCACGCUCACUUCUCGUUGCCCCCUGCGCAACUAAUGGUUGCCACCGCUAAACCGUUGACUUCAAAGUCCACCAAAUCUUUUCAUUGGUUGCGGACGGGGACAGUUGCUUCAACUGUCGGUACUAAGUAAAGUCCGAUCGUGUAUGGAGUACUAUGAGGAAUCGUUCUGCUAAAUGCCAACUGAACACCUUGGAUAAAAGGCUUAAGUAACACGGAAUUUUUUGAGACAAAUCUGCAAAACCUUGAGCAACGACGUAAAGUUGCCUGCUAUUAUUGGUAUUCUACAGGUUAUAUCACGAAGAGUGCGAAGGGAUUGUUGGAUAUAAUUCUGCCUUUCCAUCAUCGCGAGCCUAGACGUAGGCUGGGUUCCACCUCCACCUUUAUGUUGUGGAUAUUGCAAAGAUUCGCACGAAGCGUUACGCUUCCACAUUUAUGUAUAUGAAGAACGGCUAUGAAAUAGAAUUCCCUGCCUGUAGAUGUGUUCCCUGAAUGCUAUAACUUGGACAUUAUAAGGCGAGAGUGAAUAGGCAACAGAUAAAUGUGCAUGCUCCAUCGUCGAUCAUUGACACUUUCCGUCAGGUGAGAUGGAAGUCAAGUGUGCACUUAUAAUUUUACAUAGAAAAAGAAACCUGUAACUAAUGACAAUCGCUUAAAAAUAACACAGUAAAUGACAUUAUCCAAACGAGUGUCAUAUUAAGUAAUAUAAAAUUAAGGG